UCCAAAUUGUCCUUUUACUGCAAAGUUCUAGUUGUAUUGUAUUAUAAAUUUACAUGUGUUAAACAAGGUAUUGAAGAUAACACAAACGAAACUUUUUCGUUAUUAUAGCAAUAAUAUAAAGGUGAAGCUUCUGUGUAAUCAUGGAAAUAUUAAAGAUGAAAGUAGAACCCUUUUCUGAUGAGAAGCAGGAUGAUUUAUUGAAUACCAAACUGAUGAAAAAGGAAGAUAAAACUUUCACAAUAACUAAUAUUCCAGGAAAAGCUGAUUCCUUGGAAGAAAGUUCUCUACAUACAAUUAUGAAGUUUGAUGUAACAAAAGAGGAACAAGAAGAAAAGUGUGAUGGAGAAUCAGAGAAAAAUGAGAACGUAUGUGUUCGAGUGAAAUCAGAGCAGCCUGGGGAUCUGCAACAACAAGAUGUUAUUUUAAAGUUCUGUUACAGUGAUGAUGAGGACCAGGACAUUUCACAUUAUAAUGUUAGGAAUGUGAAAAUAGAAACUGAACAUCAAAGAACAUCUGAACAACAUCAAAGAACACACAUUGGGGAGAAACCUUACAGUUGUACAGUGUGUGGAAAACAGUUUAGUACAGAUAGUUGCUUAAAAAUGCAUCAAAGAAGACACACUGGGGAGAAACCUUACAGUUGUACAGUGUGUGGAAAACAGUUUGGAACAAAGGGUGAAUUAAAAAUACAUGAAAGAAUACACACUGGGGAGAAACCUUACAGUUGUACAGUGUGUGGAAAACAGUUUGGUACAAAUGGUGAUUUAAAUAAACAUCACAGAAUACACACUGGUGAGAAACCUUAUAGUUGUACAGUGUGUGGAAAAACCUUUCGUACAAAUAGUGCCUUAAAAACACAUCAAAGUAUACACAUUGAGGAAAAAUCUUACAGUUGUGUAGUUUGUGAGAAACAAUUUAGAACAAACAGUGCAUUGAAAAUACAUCAAAGAACACACACUGGGGAGAAACCUUACAGUUGUGUAGUGUGUGCUAAACAAUUUAUAUCAAGCUGUAACUUAGAACAACAUCAAAGAAUACACACUGCUUACUCGGUUUUUGGAUUCAUGGUUCCAGCUAUCACAGUCCUCGUACCUCUGCCAAAUGAAGACACUCUCAAGGCUGAGGUUAUAUGGUAUCUGGAAAUGGAUGCCCAUUAUUCCUUCAAAUCAAGUGAAGAAACUGGUAUGUGAAUAGUAGUCCUGCAUGCUAUAGUGAUGUCCUUUCCUUGUUCAGCUAUGCAGAAUGCUUUUGUAAAGGUUGACUGGUUGAAUAUAUAUUUCUUGUGUUAAUUUACAUAUAUCUUUAUUAUAAAUAGUAAUGUUACUGAUUAGUUACAGUUGUAUGAAAUAAGUUAUUUUACUAAUUUAUUUUGGUAAAUUCUUGUUAAGAAAGUGUAUUCGUGUAUUAGUUCUAAAUGUAAUCUUCUAAUGUUAUAAUCAUCCUACAUUUGGUAAUGUUGCUUCUUCUAAGUUUUCAGGUGAUCUUUUCUCAAGAAUGUUUCUUGAUAGUAGCAUUGGUAGGACUUUCAUUUGUAGGGAAACUAAGAGUUUACAUUUGGUUUGGCACCAUAUUUCAAACAGUUGCAAUCAAAGAAACUAAUAACAUGAAAGGAUGACUGUGUCCUGCUCUUUGAUGAAAGCAUGAGGAUCUCAAGACAACAUAUUAGAAGUGCACUGAUGUGCUACCAAAACCCAAGAUGUUACAGAUUUCUGUGGAUGGGCCAAAUGUUAACUGGUCAUUUUACUCAAAUGUUGAACAGUCCCUUUGUAAUGACCAUGGUGUACAUAUCAUCAACAUUGGCAGUCGUGGUCUACAUAUAGUGCAUGGUACAUUCCAGAAUGGAAGUAACCGAGUCAGAGUGGCAUGUUGACAGUUUGCUCUGUGCAUUACACCACCUAUUGAAAGACAGUCUGCACAUCAGGUAGUUUAUUUGAAAGAUAUUGGUUGACAGGACCACCCUCAUGCCACUAAACUACUGCAAAACAAAGAUGAGUAGAAAACAGACCAGUGCUGGAAAAGGCCUUGGAGGUCUUGCCCAACAUGGCAACAUAUGUAAAAGCAGUUAGAGAAGAAAUAUCUAAAUUCAGAUAUCAAAUCCUUUGAAGUCAUCAUCAAGCCAGCAAGGACGUGACACCAUUCAUGACUCGAUACCAGUCAGAUAAGUUCAUGGUUCCAUUUCUAGGCACAGACUUGUUCAAGUUCUUCAAGAAACUGAUGAACAGGUUCAUGAAGCCAGGCUUAAUGGAAAAAGUCAAGUCUGUUGACAAAUUUUUUUAUGUCAAAGUGGAUAAAAUAUCACAUCACCUUGAUUAUAUAAAAGUUGAUCUGGGAUAUGUUGCAGAGAGAAUCGUGAAGGAUUUGGCUGCAGAGAAGAAAGUUGGGCAAUGGAGUAUUCUGGAGCUCAGAACGAACAGCAAAAACGUGUUUGCUGGCCAUUGUUGAGAAAUUACUGCAGAAGUCACUUUAGAAAUAUUACCUAGUGUCCAAUCUUUCAUUCCUGGAUCCGUUACGUUAUGGAUGAGCACUGGUCAGUGAUAAGAACUGUGAUGAUAUCUUUCAUCAGUAUUCACAGUUUAUGAUAUUGUUUAGAGCAAUAGGUAUGUUUUUUAUUUCAUUAAAAUAUUAACAUUAAGUUUUAAUAUUGAAAUUCAUAUAGGAAUGGUCUGUAUGUAGCUGUAUCUUCCCUAUAUUUUUGUUUGCAUUAUAUUUGGCACUGCCAUCCCUACAUCAUUUGCCAUUUACAAAAGUUUUU